AUGAACAUCAAAAUAAUUACAAACACCUAUCAGAAUCCCUUCCUUCUUAGUGCUGAUAAAGAAAGAGAAACAUUGGCAAGACAUGAAGCUAAUAAAGAAAGAUUAGUAAUACCCAGGAGACCAAAAUGGGAUAAAACCACUACGCCUGAACAGCUUGAACGGAAUGAGAGAGAUGCGUUCUUGCGAUGGAGGCGUGAUCUUGCAUUCCUUCAAGAACAAGAAGAUUUUCUUCUUACUCCAUUUGAACGCAAUCUCGAAGUUUGGCGUCAAUUAUGGCGUGUGAUUGAACGAUCCGAUUUGCUCGUACAAAUUGUUGACGCUAGAAAUCCUUUAUUUUUCCGCUCUGAGGAUUUGGAGAAAUAUGUAAAGGAAAUAAAUGAAAAGAAAAAAUGCAUUUUGUUAAUUAAUAAAGCGGACUUAUUGACAGCUCAGAAGCAUACGGACAUGGAAAAUGACAUAUCAACAGAUAACUUAAAUGAAGAUAAUGAUGAAUUGCUGAAACAUUCAAAUACUAACGAACAAGAAUUUUUGGAAAAUCAUAAUAUCGAUGACCCAUCUGAUCAUCGAGAACGUAUUUGUACAACCGAAGAUUUAAUUUCUAUGCUGAUCUCUGAAGCGAGAGGAGAAGAAGACCACAAGAUAGUGAUAGGAUUGGUUGGUUAUCCUAACGUGGGUAAAUCAUUUACAAUAAAUGCUCUUCUUGGAGAAAAACGAGUUUCGGUUUCAUCAACACCAGGAAAGACCAAACAUUUUCAAACUAUACAUCUUUCACCUUCACUGGUACUAUGUGAUUGUCCUGGAUUAGUUUUUCCAAAUUUUGCGACAACAAAUGGUGAUAUGGUUUGCAAUGGCGUUUUGCCUAUUGAUCAAUUACGGGAGCAUACUGGACCUGUUGCUUUAAUUGCACAAAGAAUACCAAAAGCUGUACUUGAAGCCAUAUAUGGUAUUAAAAUUAAGGUUAGACCAAUUGAAGAAGGUGGCACAGGAAUCCCUUCAGCAGAAGAACUAACAGUGACUUAUGCAG